UCCCUCAACGGACUAUGUGGCAACAUCAACGCUGGCAAUAACCUGGGAUGGACGUGCCCUCCAAAUGGUGGCAGAUGCUGCAGCAAGUAUGGACACUGCGGGAGCGGUGCCAGCUAUUGCGCUCCAAACGUAUGCCAGCCCGCUUUCGGAUUGUCUCUUGCAACUCCCCUCGCACGUGGAAGCAUUUCACCAGACAGAACUUGCGGAGACGUUGGCAAAGGCAACAACAACGGCUAUAUCUGUAAACCCGGCCAGUGCUGCAGUAAGUACGGAAACUGUGGUACAGCUUCAGACUACUGUGCUCCAUCAGUAUGUCAAAGCGCUUUCGGAAUAUGUGAUGAUGCCGCUCCCACACGUGGAAGCAUUUCGCCAGACAGAACCUGCGGAGACGUUUACAAAGGCAACAACAACGGCUGGGUAUGUAAAACCGGCCAAUGCUGUAGCAGAUUCGGAAACUGUGGUACGACUGCAGACUACUGUGCGCCAUCGGUAUGUCAGAGCGCUUUCGGAACAUGUGAUACUACCGCUCCCACACGCGGAAGCGUUUCACCAGACGGAACCUGCGGAGACGUUGGUAAAGGCAACAACAACGGCUGGGUAUGCAAGACCGGUCUCUGCUGUAGCAAGUACGGCAAUUGCGGUACUACAGACAGCUACUGCUCGGCUUCACUGGGUUGUCAGUCAGCUUUUGGUAGCUGCACAGGCGUGGUUUCUUCUUCCAACUCAGCAUCCCCGACAACGAGUACACAGAGCUCCUCCCCG